GAGAGAGGCAGGUGCAUUUGCACAGAGGCCUCAUGAAUAGCUGCUUUCCCAUUAACGAUGCACGGCUCUGAAGCGCGCAUAAAUAAUAGCUGGCUGUGCUGAUAAAAAAGCGCACCUUGGGGCCUCCCCCUCCUCUCUCUCUCUCUCUCUCUCUCUCUCUCUCCUCCAUCUCUCUCUUUCUUUCUCUCUCACGGGAAUUUACUUGUUUGUCCCUUUCAUGGCGGCAGCAUUGAAUCUACAAGACAACUUAUUUAACGAAUCCGCUGCUGGACCGGUGCCUUCCUAUUGAGACGCAGGAAGCAUAGACACCAGCCUGCAUCUCUGAGCGCACAACAAAACAAACACCAGCAGCUUCUUUCACCCAAAAACAAACACAGGAACAUCUUUUUAAAGACUUUUUUUAAAUCCGAGGGGUUACAAAUCGUGCAGGAUUUUUUUUUUCCUGAGAAGUUGCAUGUUGCAGGAGUAGUAUUAUACUCGAAGGAGGAAUGGGAUACCCGGGUGCAGGAUGGAGAGGCUGCUGGACGCUCCUGUUUUGGGUCGCUGCUGCUGUCAGCUUGUUGUCGGUCCCAGCAGAGGGACGGAGACUGAGACAGCCCAGAUGUCCCACCGGAUGCACCUGCACCAAAGACAAUGCCCUGUGUGAGAAUGUCCGAUCCGUGCCUCACACCUUCCCAUCCGACGUCGUGUCACUAUCUUUUGUUAAGUCUGGAUUUAAUGAAAUCACUGGAGGAAGCUUUGUCCACACGCCUGCCCUGCAACUGCUAUUGUUCACAGCGAAUUCAUUGGACCUAAUUGAUGAGGAUGCAUUCCUGGGUUUACCACAUCUCGAAUAUCUAUUUAUUGAAAACAACAAAAUCGCAUCGAUAUCCCCAUACGCUUUCCGGGGCCUGAAAGCGCUGAUACAUCUGAGUCUGGCUUACAACAACCUUGAGACUCUGCCAAAAGAUGUCUUCAAGGGCAUGGAUGCUUUAACCAAAGUGGAUCUACGUGGCAACAACCUGAUAUGCGACUGUAAACUCAAAUGGUUGGUGGAGUGGAUGCACCACACUAAUGCCACCCUGGACCAGAUCUACUGUAGCGGUCCACCCUCUCACCAGGGGAAGAAGAUCAACGACCUGCUGCCACACUCUUUCGACUGCAUCACAGCAGAGUUUGCCUCCUAUCAGUCGCUGAAGUUUGAAUCCAUUUCGGUGGGGGCCUUCACCUUUGGCGAAGAUCAGUAUGUUGUGUUUGCUCAACCGUUUGCUGGGACUUGCAGCUUCCUGGAAUGGGAUCACGUUGAGAUGACCUUCAGAACUUACGACACCAUCGAAAGCACCUCCACCGUGGUCUGCAAGCACAUGGUGAUUGACAACCAUCUCUUUGUAAUUGUGGCCCAGCUGUUCGGGGGCUCGCACAUUUACAAGCGUGACACCUCCGCCAACAAGUUCAUCAAGAUCCAGGACAUUGACAUCCUGAAGAUUCGCAAACCUAACGACAUCGAGACAUUCAUGAUCGACGGGGAGUCUUUCUUUGUCAUCGCUGACAGCUCUAAGGCCGGCUCAACAACGGUGUACAAAUGGAACGGCAACGGCUUCUACUCCCACCAGUCGCUCCACCCGUGGUUCCGGGAUACAGACGUCGAAUAUUUGGAGAUCUCCAACAAACCCCACCUGAUCUUGUCCAGCAGCUCCCAGAGGCCCGUUGUCUACCAGUGGAACAGGAGCCAGAAAAAAUUUGAACGCAGGACCGACAUCCCAGAGAUGGAGGACGUCUUCUCUGUCAAACACUUCCGGGUCAAAGGUGAUCUGUUUAUAUGCCUGACAAGAUUCAUCGGGGACUCCAAGGUGAUGCGCUGGGAUGGUGCCAUGUUCAAGGAGGUCCAGACAUUUCCUUCCCGCGGCUCCAUGGUGUUCCAGCCCGUCUCCAUCGGCAACUGGCAGUAUGCCAUCUUAGGCAGCGAUUAUUCACUGACGCAGGUCUACCAAUGGGACACCGAGAGGGGCCAGUUUGUCCCAUCCCAGGAGCUGAAUAUCCAGGCGCCUCGGGCAUUUUCUCUGGUUGCCAUUGACGACCGGGUGUUCCUGCUUGCAUCCAGCUUCAAGGGGAAAACGCAGAUCUAUGAGCACCUCAUGAUCGAUUUGAGUAAUUAAAUUGGGACAAAUUAGCUACCGUUCAAAUGCUCUCUUCUUGUGUUGAACUUGUCAGUCCCAUUAGAAUCCACCAGCAAUUCCCAUCUACAUGUAAGUUUAAACAAAAGGAAGUUUCAAGCUCAAACAAUCUAAAGAGAUAUCUCAAAUCCAGUUCAGGACCUUUAGGUUGAGUUGAAAUUCUUGCAUUUGUUUUGAUCAUUGCGUUUAUUUUAAAGGCGCUAUUGAUAACAUUCAGCCACUAGAUGUCGUAUUCUCCCUCCCCCGUUCCAUUGCAUUCACUUCACAACAAGUCAUUGCCAGACACUUACUGUCAAUCUUGGACGGAGCGCCGCGUCGCUCGCUCUGUGUGUUUGAGAGAGAGGAGGGAAGAGAAGGUGGAAGGUAGGCUAAUGUUUCUGUAUGUUUAAGAAUUCAAAUGUUAACGUUAUGAAUACUUCGUUAUAUUUUCUUUUUGAUUACCGUCAGAUGUCGAUACCGUUGACUUCUUUCUCCGAAGCAUCGUCUGUUUUAGACUACCUGUCUGAAUGAACGCCAUUGCUACCAAGGAUGUAUAAAGAGCUGAUUUCUUUACUGUUCCGCCGCAAAAAAGAUUCCAACAUUCCAAUAAUUGCGAAUCCCCAUUUUCCCUCGGUCAUGUGCGUCCCACGUGUCACGGCCCCACAGUUUGAGAACCACUGUACUAUUGGCUCACAAGCCUUGUUAGAACCUUGUCCACAAAGACAAACAAAACAUUCCUUUUGGACCCGCCAACAUUUCUAAAGUGAUUAAAGUGAUUUCUAGGAAAGCCGUACUUUUAUUUGGCACCUUUCUAAAAGCUCUGUGGACGUAUUGUUUUUUUUUUUUUUUAAUAUUCAUCUACAUAAAAAUGUUAUCAAUAAGACCUUAAAGAGAUCUAACAUAAUUUCCAUUUCAUCGACAAUAUAUUCCACACAGUCCCUGAUGCCUGAUGUUUGGCAACCUGCUGCAACUACUUCAUUUUUAUGAACUCCUUGUAUUCUCAUCUUGAUUCCUCACUAUUUGGAAAUGCCUUAUACUCCAUUUGAAAAAACAUAAUUCCACUCCGAGUGCGAACUGACUAUCUUUCAGGAAUAACAAGCUAUGAAAUCACUGCUUUUGUCUUUUAUUCAACCCUGCAGGUGCAGUUAUUAGACAUACAGUAUAGUAUGUCUCAACUCCAUACAUUUUUUUUAUUUCUAUUUGUAGGAAUUUGAUAGGAAAGAUGUAGAAGUUUGGUAGUGCUAAAGACGACCAUGCAAAACUUUGGACACAACAACUUUUUCUUAAUUUAAGUCUUCUUUAAUUUAACCAAGCAUUUCAGGAAAAUUGUCAUUACAAGAGAUUAUUCACAAUGAAACGUAAGCUACUGAAAUAUGUGGACAUUGUAAACAGGCAAUGGAUCAUAUGACUCACAUGUGACAAAGCCUGGGUUGUUGGACACCUUGUAGAAGAUGGACAAUCUCACAAAUGUGAACCCACGUUUAAUGAUAAUGUAACAGCAGCAACACUGUAGAUAGCAAUGUCAGGGGUAGUUUCUUACUAUAAUAAGACCUGAGCUUGAAAAUGAUGCAAGCUUCCGACCAAAUGCGGGUCAAAUUUGGACUUCUUGUUAAGGAUUAUAUGCAUUCUUCCAGCCCAAUUUGGCAGCUAGUCAACCUAUCAGUCUUUUGGAAUUACUUAAAGAAGUGACCCUGAUAUAUGAAAUCCACUAACCACUGUGAGAAACUGACCUUCUCUGUCCUGUCUACCACACGCAUGACGCAGACACUCAUGGUGUUGACUCCUGAUGAAUGACUCGCUAGAAGCGUCCCACUGUGUCGCCCGGCCCUCCCUCUUUCACUGCACUCUUGCCCCUUUUCUCCCUCAUUGACAAAACCAUUGUUGUCUUUACUCUGCAACUAAAAAAAGCCACAACCACUGUGCAGCACCUGGUACCUGUGCUUUCACACAAGCUCCUCUUAUUCUUACACAAAAGGAAACUGAAUUCUGAUAACAACUAACACUGAUUUGCCAAAUAUAAUGUUUACGUUUUUACAACACUGUGUAAAGUAAUUUAUAUGAUGUUGCUUUUGUAUGUAGAGGGGACCACACUUUUAUUUUUCAUAGAUAUAGAAUUUAGUGUAGAUAAACGCUGUGUAACAUUUUGCAAAACUGUGUAGGCUUACUUGUGUCAGUCUAAUGAUCUAGUUAUUAUCUAGUCUAGGUAAGGAUAUAGGAUAUUAGCUGUUCCUUUGUCAUCCUGCUCAUUGUAUUUAUGUACAGUGGUAAUAAAAUACACUAAAAUGUUAAA